GAGAAGGGGCAGUCCCUGCCCAUGUUUCUGGCGGAGUGAGCCUUGGGAAGAUGUGGAGCUACCCUGCGUGAGUCUUGCAGCAGGGUGUUCCCUCUGGCUAAAACUGGAGAUCGAGGUCUUGUUUGAGGCCUCUUCUUGGGUUACAUGGACAGGAUAAAAGCUUCAUUGAGUCGGAAGAGCACCGAAGGCGACAAGGCUGACGCUGGUCAGAAGCGUUACAAAGCAAAUUUUGGUGAAACAUCAGGAUCAGGACAACCGGUAGCAAAUGCCAGUGCGGGGCCCUCAGGAGGGUCGUCUUCUCAGCAAAAAUCUGGCUUGAGCAAUAACGCGCUGGAAACACUCCCACAGAGCAUGAGGGACCUGAAGCUGCGGGACGAGAGAAGAGAACACAAGGAACCGGUGUUUGAGGGCAGAGUAGUGGAGGGGGAUCCCAACACCUGCGGGCAUGUGAUCUGCACAGUGGCGGGCAGCGGGCCCAACAAGCAGACCAUCAGCUAUGCCACAGAGCGCGUGGUGGGCAAUGGCUCCUUUGGCGUCGUGUUCCAGGCGACCUGCCUCGAGACCAGGGAAACGGUGGCUAUAAAGAAGGUGCUGCAGGAUAAGCGCUUCAAGAACCGGGAGCUGCAGAUCAUGAAGAUGAUGAACCACCCCAACGUCGUCUCCCUCAAGCACUGCUUCUACAGCACCACCGAGAAGGACGAGGUGUACCUGAACCUGGUGCUGGAGUACGUGCCGGAGACGGUGUUCCGCAUCGGCAAGCACUACAGCAAGAGUGGCCAGCGCAUGCCCACGCUCUUCGUCAAGCUGUACGUGUUCCAGAUGUGCCGCGCGCUCGCGCACAUCCACGCGAUGGGCGUGUGCCACCGCGACAUCAAGCCGCAGAACCUGCUCGUCAACACGCACACCCACGAACUCAAGCUGUGCGACUUUGGGUCCGCCAAGGUGCUGGUGAAGGGUGAGCCCAACAUCUCGUACAUCUGCUCGCGUUACUACCGGGCGCCCGAGCUCAUAUUCGGCGCGACGGAUUACACGACGGCCAUCGACCUGUGGAGCGUGGGGUGUGUCAUGGCAGAGCUGCUGCUAGGGCAGCCGCUGUUCCCUGGCGAGUCUGGGGUGGACCAACUCGUGGAGAUCAUCAAGGUGCUGGGGACGCCUUCUCGAGAAGACAUCCAUGCGAUGAACCCCAACUACACCGAGUUCAAGUUCCCCCAGAUCAAGGCGCACCCCUGGUCCAAAGUCUUCUCCAAGCGCCUGCCCACCGACGCCGUCGACCUGGUGUCGACGCUGCUGCAGUACUCGCCGGUGCGGCGGUGUUCGGCGCUGCAGGCACUGACUCACCCCUUCUUCGACGAGCUCAGAGACGCCUCCACCACCCUCCCCAACGGGCGGGACCUGCCAGCCUUGUGGAACUGGCAGAAGGGCGAGCUCGAUGGGGUGGACGCAGAGCUCUUAGCAGCGUUGCAGCCCAAA